AAAAUUUUGUUUGUUUACAUCGUGUGAUUCGUGGGUUGCGGACCGGUUGCGGCUAAUUUUCUGCUUACAUUUUCACUCAAACCUCAAACUACAGGACGAGAAGAAGCGACGUUGGUUUAAUACCAGAAAAUUCUUGAUUUUCCGUUAAAUUAUAUUCCGACCGGAAUGCCUCUGCCUGCUGCUCUGGCUGCCAAGCUUGCCAAACGAGGAAUUAUUGCAGGCAAAAAAGGGACACAAGCUGAAGAACGGCAAAGUGAGGAAGUCAUUGCUGAAGAUGAUGGGGAUCGAAGGAAAAGAGCAUUGCUCGCCGUAAGCAAACUUUCUGAAAAUCAAGAGAAGCCUCCCAUUCUGGGAUAUCCUGGCUGCCCAAAUAAGUACAACAUUUAUCACGAAUGUUCAGUCUUCUGCAGCAUUUACUGGGCGAGUGGAAUAAUUGAGCCCGACAUCACAUAUUUGAGGAAGAAAAAGAAAGUGCUCAACAAAUACCCUCUUCCUGAUAACUGGAAGGAGGAAUACGACCCCGGAACUGGAAGGUUUUUCUACUGGGAUCCAAAGACCAGCCUUGUUUCGUGGCUUCCUCCUCUGCACCCUCAAGCAAAGCCGACAAUGGCUGCCAGUGUACUGAGAGAGCAAAACAAACUUCAGCAAUCCAUAAAAAUGCCUGAUUCGGAACCAAUGAUGAUGCAGCUGGACGACGAUGAUAACGACGAUCACAGUUCAGAUGAAAGUUUGAGCUCGUCAAGUGAGGAGGAAGAGCAGGUGCGACCACCGCCUAAGAGGCGAGGCCACGUGCCCAAGCGGGACGUUCUUGAUCCCAUGGAUCCCUCGGCUUACUCCGAGUGUCCAAGAGGCACCUGGUCGUCUGGUCUAGGAGCUGAAGAUGAUGCAAACACUGGGGUCGAUACGACAGCUUCUGGUCCUAUUUUCCAACAAAGACCUUAUCCCAGUCCUGGUGAUAUCCUGCGAGCCAACUCAAAGACGAAGAAGUAACCAAUUGACUUGGUCGUGGACAGCUGCUGGACAAUGAGGACAAUUGAUGACCAACUUUUUACUGCGUUGAGAUAUCACUUUGGAAUUUUCACUGCCCAGCCUAGUUUUUGACCCUGAUCGAACAAGAAUCAGUUUACAAAACAUUCCCAGGUCGAAGGUCAAGGUCACCUUUUUCGACAUUUUUUCGAAAAUUCAAAAUUAAGUGAUGAUAGCCCCUAGAGGGCCUAGGCUAGACCUAGACGGGUCGAAAUAACCUCAAAGUUUUAGGUCUAAUUGUGCGGCUUCGAACACUUAGGGUUUAUGAAACUGGUGAAUUGCUACUUAUUUUAAAGUAGCAAAGUUACAAAAUCAUUAUAUCUCUAGAUAUUUUGUUUUGUGUUACAAAACGAGUGGCAAAUACAUUCUAAAAUGUUUAUUUUGUUUCUCAUUUCAGCUCAAAUCACAAUUAAGAAGAUGUCGAAUGGAACCAAAAGUCGCAAAAGUCAUCUCAUACUAGAAAUAAAUGAAAUUUACAUAAUUGUUCGAUAUUUGGGAGUAGAAUUUCAAUACAAUCUUGAUUGAAAAUGUA